UGGAGCCGCGCCGCGUGCAGAGGCCGCCGAAGCGCCGACGAGGGCGGACUGUCGCACGAGCGGCGUCGGUGCCGACGCGGGGACGGGGCGAGCCGACUUGAGGCGGCGGUCCCGCAGCGGCUGCGUUCGCCGGCUGCGACCGGUCCUGGUGUCGCCGGACGGGCGCGAGUGCCGCGUCUGAGGUCAGAAGUGAGCGGCGGAAUCAGUCCGCCGCAGGUGUCGGCGACGGGAGACUGCCACUGACUCUGGACCUGGCAAACCAGACAUCGGAAACGUUCGAGUAGUGAGCCCUAGAACGCCCCGCGUAGUGGGUCCACAGCAGCAGGACCAGAGAGAACAGCGACUUGUGUGUUUGUCGUGCUCAUCCAGGACGCUCUCGAGCCUCCGCUCUCUCAGCGUCGCGCCGGCAGGUGAUAGCCAGUCUGCCGCGGGGGGCGUUCGCGAGAGGCAGGCCCACUCUCUAGCUCCAGCCCCAGCUCCAGCCCGAUGAUGCGCCUGCCGUUGCUGGCGCUGCUGAUGGCCGCCGGCCUGGCCGCCGCCGCGCGGGCCAGCAUCCUGCAGAUGUUCGCCGCCGACCUGCCGCCGACGGACCCGUGCGUAGACGAGGCACUGCGCCGGCCGCGCCGCUGCGUGCCCGACUUCGUCAACGCCGCGUUCGGCCAGACGCUGGCCGCCUCCUCCACGUGCGGCGCGCGCCCCGAGCAGCUGUGCACGCGUUCGCCCUCGCCCGGCGAGCCGCCCGAGUGCCAGAUCUGCGACGCAGCCACGCCGGCGCGCGCGCACCCGCCGACCCACCUGACCGACCUCAACAACCCGAGCAACCUCACCUGCUGGCAGAGCGCCGCGUUGCCGGCCAACGGCUCCCAGACGGUCACGCUGACCCUGUCGCUCGGCAAGAAGUACGAGCUGACGUACAUCAGCCUGCAGUUCUGCGGACGCCGGCCCGACUCGCUGGCCAUCUACAAGUCGAUGGACUACGGGCGGACGUGGCAGCCGUUCCAGUACUACAGCUCCGAGUGCCGGCGCAUGUUCGGCCGGCCGGCGCGUGCCGCCAUCACGCGCGCCAACGAACAGGAGCCGCUUUGCGAGCAGCCGGCGCCGGCCGGCGCGCUCGGCGGUGGCCGCGUGGCGUUCAGCACGCUCGAAGGCCGGCCCAGCGCCUACCAGCUGGAGCACAGCCCCAUCCUGCAGGACUGGAUCACGGCCACCGACGUGCGCGUGCAGCUGACGCGUCUGCACCCGCUUCCGCCGCGCGCGCCGCUCGGCAACGGCUCGGAAGACGCCGCAGCGGGCGCCGACGCCGGCGGCGGCACCGUAGCUGACUUCUACGCCGUGUCCGACCUCUCUGUCGGCGGGCGCUGCAAGUGUAACGGGCACGCGUCACGCUGUGAGACUGACGCCGCUGGCAAGCUGGUGUGCGCCUGCAAGCACAACACGGCCGGACGCGACUGUGAGCGCUGCAAGGCGUUCCACUUCGACCGGCCGUGGGGCCGCGCCACCGCCCAGGCCGCCAACGAGUGCAAAGCGUGCAACUGCAACCUGCACGCGCGCCGCUGCCGGUUCAACAUGGAGCUGUACAAGCUGUCGGGGCGGGAGAGCGGCGGCGUGUGCCUCAACUGCCGCCACAACACGGCCGGCCGCCACUGCCACUACUGCCGCGAGGGCUUCUUCCGCGACCCCAGCCGGCCCAUCCAGCACCGCAAGGCCUGCAAGCCGUGUGCCUGUCACCCGAUCGGCGCGCAGGGCAAGACGUGCAACCAGACGACCGGCCAGUGCACGUGCAAGGACGGUGUCACCGGGCUCACCUGCAACCGCUGCGACAAGGGCUACCAGCAGAGCCGCUCGCCGAUCGCGCCCUGCAUCAAGAUUCCGGAGGUGAACGACGUGGGCGUAGUCCGCCACACGACGGAUCGCGAGCCUAAGAAAGCAGAUAAGUGCAGGAAGUGCCGAAUAACGAGCAGAAAAGUCAACGUCAAGAAAAUGUGCAAGCGCGAUUAUGCGCUUCUGGCGCAGGUGGUGGACCAGCAGACGCUCGGCAGCUACGUCAAGUUCGUCGUCAACAUACAGACGGUGUACCGCCGCUCGUCCAAGUGGAAGCUGCGCCGCGGCAGCAGCUACCUGCUGGUCCGACGCCAGGACAUCAACUGCAACUGCCCUCGGGUCAAAAUCAACAGCAAGUACCUGAUUCUGGGCGUGGACCCGCAGAGCCGCUCCGGCCUUCUGGUCGACAACAAGAGCAUUGUCCUCGAGUGGAAGAACAACUGGUCACGGCGCAUGCGCAGACUGAGGAAGCGUGCGCGCAAGGUGUGCAGGAAGAAGGACUGAGCGGCGCAGGCUGCGCUGGGAGCAGUGUUCAGAGCUUUACCCUAGAGAGAGAGAGAGAGAGAGAAAGAGACGCGGAGCGGCGCGGUCGUCCAGUGCGCCUAUUUCGCCGCAGAUGUGCCGCAUUUGUCGGCAGCCGGAGUGCGCCGCCAGGUGGCCAGACCAGCCUAUUUAUUGCCCGGCGGCUGGUGGUCACGUGACUGGGACGACGGACCACGCGUCCGGAGCGGGGUGGAUCACGUGAUGAGGACGCGGAUGAGGUUAAUAGUAGAUAAAUGUAACCCGCUAGUCUUACCUUGUGUCGAUGUGCCAUUCUUUGGUGUUGUAGGCUCUAGAUGUCUCAGAGUUAAUCGGUGGUCUCCGGCCCACGCAGCAACCGAAAAACUAAAUCACGUGGCGUACGUAUCACAGUGAACGGAGACAUUGCCGGCGUCUAACAGCAAUGUUGAGAUCGGAGGCCCCCUGUCGGGAAGUCUGGGAACUCGAGCUAGCGCCUCAGUCCGCCCCGUUACUGGCGGCGAAGACGGACCGGUGGAGAGAAUGACUCAAGAGUUUACGCAUGACCGACUGAUAUUUCCGUGUCUCGGCAUCGUGCUGAUCACUCGCGACUAGCGCGCCGCCGCGGAGGUCACUCAUAGAUGGCGCAGAGCACGGCUCUGCCGGCGGCCGGCGGCGCCAAGCUCGCGCGCUGCUGGGCCGCCCCGUGUAUGUACAUAGCAGGCCCCUGUCGCACGUCUGUGCCCGUCUAACAUUCCUACCGCACGUGUCGGCUCUGACACGUGCCACGCGCAUGUACCACGCCCCAGCGAGCGCUGGGCGUCGAAUGCGUGCUGUUGUCCGGUUCUAAGGACUGUCGAGAAUGCAUUGGAGCGGACUUCAACACGCUCCGGUUGUGUGUACUAUUGACUGUGUUUUCUGUAAGCAGUGAGUGUGCGCCGACAUGCUCUGGUCCUGCAGAACGGCCUCUCUGGACUGCUCGUCACAUGGGCUAUUCGGUUAUCCCCUUCCCUCCCCCAACCCCCCACACCCCGUGUAACAAGUCCGCGACUUCAAUUUUUGGUAGUGCUAGUAGACGCAAGGCCGUGUUAAGUGCAUCGGAGCUACCUAAUUACUGCUGGACGAACGUAACAAUAGAGUGGGCCUUCUGUGCCAAACAGCGUGGCUCUCACGGGACCCCGGGACCCGCUCCCCUGGGCGGGGGACCUCCGGCGUAUAGCCGGCGCGACCGUACAGGAGCCGGCGUGCGCGCCUGCCCUCGCUGCACUCGACACUCACUUCACCAUUGUGAUAGAACAAUACAGCUUUUCGUGUUC